UUCAUUAUAAGUUAUAAAAUUAAAACUUUAAUUUCUUAAUUAAUCUAUAUAGAUAUAACAAUAUAAUAUACGCUUAGAAUAUACGUAACAGCAAUGCCUAUAUUAGUAAAAGAUUUUACUUGGACACAAACAGCGAAGACUUUACACAUAAGAGUACCAAUUACGUCUGGAAUUAAAGAAAAUCUAGAUAUAUUUACAACUGAUUCUUAUAUAAAAAUACAUUUCAACCCAUUCUUAUUUGAAAUCUUUCUAUUACACAAUAUAGAUAAUGAUAAAAGCAAAUGUGUGGUGGAAAACAAUCAGGUAAUUUUAGAUUUAUUGAAAAAAGAAGAAUGCGAAUGGGAAUGUCUGGAGAAAAACAUAAACAAAGCAGAAAAAAUGAAGACGAGACAAGAAAUACACGAGAAGUGCCAGGAACGAGCAAAACAAAUUGUUGAAGACAGAAACAUUAAAAAGAGUCAACUAGACAGGUUCACAGUGCAACAGGCAAUGGAAAUAGAUACGAAGCAGCACAAUUUGAUGGAUUCUAGGAGAGAUGAUCAAAGGAAAAAAGCUAUGGAUGCUUUAGAGGAGUGGAGAAUUAAUACGGCAGAAUCGGAUACUAAAAUUCAAAACAAAUCAUGUAAUAAAAAAUUGGAGAAAAAUAUGCCAGGUGUUAAAAUAGUCGAGUUACCUUCAUCAGAAGACGAAUCUGACGAUAAGAAGUUAAAGUCAAAAAACAAUGCUGAAAGAAAUAUGGUAAAAAAAGUAGAUUAUACUCCAAAAAAACCUGUCAAAACUCCAGUGAGAUCUGAAUAUGUUGAAAAGAAAAAAGAAGAAGUCGCUAGAAGAGUGUUACCUAAAUUAAGAGAGACAGCAGAAUUGGAAAUUACGCAUACUCCUCGAACGUUCCCCACCCCCAGCAGGGAAUCUACAGCUAACGAAGAGGAAACUUGGCUGAAAAAUAUUACUCAAGCUCGAAGAGCUACAGGUUUCGUGUCUGAAGAUCUUCGCCCGGAGGAACAGGAUCCUCAAUGGUGUAAGGAUAAGGGUGACCAGUUUUUUCGCGCGGGCAACUUUCUGGGUGCAAUAAGCGCAUACUCCCACGGCAUCACACUGUCGGACAAACUCCCGAGCUUGUUCGCCAACAGAGCCGCCACACACUUCGCACUUGGCAACUUUAAUAAAUGUUUGACAGAUUGCUCGACAGCUUUGGACUUAAUGAGGCCAGCAUGCGAGGGUAACCGCCGGAGUCGAGCGAAAUGCAUCGCUCGCAGAGCUGCUGCACUCGUCCGUUUGGGACACCUCAGCAAAGCUAUUGACGAGAUGAAGGCGGCCACUAAACUCUUGCCAGAAGACGAGAAUAUUAAGAAAGACCUGUACGAUAUGGAAAGAGCUUGGGAACAGAAUCCAGAUUCGGACUAACGAUUAUACUUAAUUUAAAAUAUCUCUUUCUCUUUUAUGUGAAUCUAACAUUAUGUGAAUUUUAAUUAUAUAAUUGUUAUAGUAGUAAGUAUUAUAUAUUAAUGUAAUAAAUUACUUCCAACAUAAUAGUGUGUCGUAAUGGAAUCAUAACUUUUUUUUUAUACAACUUAGAAUGGCAAACAAGCUGACGGCCCACCAGAUGGAAAGUGGUAACCGUCGUCUAUAGACAUGAGUAGUACCAUGGACAUAACAGAGUAUACUGUUAUACAUUUAUAUUAUACUGUCGCCCAUGAUACCACCCAUGUGUUGCCAUUCCUGAGGACUCAGGUGUUAUUCCUCUGUACCCAGUAAAUUCACGCCAUAUCCCACCCUUCAAACCGAAACACAGCCAUGCAAACACAACUGCUUCACGGUUGAAACACGAAUGGGACAAAGGUACCCAAGCAAUCGACUUUUGUACAAAGGUUACAACCAUUUAUUAGAACAAUCUCGAGCCAUCUUUUAUUAGAGGGAGACGCAGCUUGAUCUCUGUCCCACUCGCAUUUCUGUCCUGAAGCAACUGUACUUACAAGGGAUGGUAGGCGAGAAUUAAAAGGCAGGUCUGUUAACUCGUCGUGAUUAAUACACCUAAUUCCAGGUGUAAAGGCAGGUUUAUUAGCACGAUCACUCAGGUUGUGGAAUGAGCUCCCUGCCGAGGUUUUACCAAGAGACUACAGCAUGGGAUUCUUCAAAAGAGGGGUAAAGAGAUUUCUUCAGGGUCGGCAACGCACGCGUAAUACCUCUGGUAUUGCAGGUGUUCACAGGUUGGCUACGGUAACCACUUACCAUCAGGUGGGCCGUAUGCUUGUUUGCCA